AUGGCUCUCGCUACGCCUUUCCUCUCCCUCCUCCUCUGCCUCUGUGCCGCCUCCCUCCUCUCCCCCCCGUUUGCCGAUGGCUCCGACGAGCUCAAAGUCUAUAUUGUUCACGUCAAGCACCCGGAGGGCGUGACCUUCUCCGACGCUGCACAGUGGUCGGACUGGUACUCCUCCCUUCUGCAGAGCGCGGCUUCGACGUUGGGAGUCGAGUCCGAAGAAGAUGUCGCAGCCUCGCGCCUCGUCCACUCCUACCACAACGUCAUGACCGGCUUCUCUGCCUUUCUCACCGAGAUGGAGGUGGAAGCCAUGUCGAAGCUGGAUUGGUUCUUGCAGGCCUAUCCGAGCCGUGUUUACCGCCUCCACACCACCCGCAGCCCCACCUUCCUGGGGCUGAGACGCCGAAAACAUGGCGUGUGGAGAUCGUCUAACAUGGGCGAAGGAGUCAUCAUCGGCGUCCUCGACACUGGCAUAACACCCGGACACCCUUCGUUCGACGACUACGGCAUGCCGCCGCCGCCGGCCAAGUGGAAGGGCCGCUGUGACCUGAAUGCGUCGUUUUGCAACAACAAGCUCAUCGGUGCGAGGUCGUUCGUCAACUACGAUGGUCGCAAGCGCCGGUCGAAUGUGAGUGUGGUCGACGCUGACGGGCACGGCACGCACACGGCGAGCACCGCCGCCGGGGCGUUCGUGAAGCGCGCCAACGUCUACGGGCUGGCCCGGGGCUUGGCGUCCGGGAUGGCGCCGCGCGCGCACCUCGCCAUUUACAAGGUGUGCCUCGAGUCGUGUGCGAGCUACGACAUAUUAGCCGGCAUGGAUGCCGCGGUCGGCGACGGCGUCGACGUGCUCUCCCUCUCCCUCGGUGGCGAUCCUGUUCCUUUCUUCGUCGACGCCAUCGCGCUGGGUGGCUUCAACGCCAUCAGCAAAGGAGUCUUCGUCAGCUGCUCGGCCGGCAACUCCGGUCCGGAUCAUUACACCGUGUCCAACGACGCGCCGUGGUUACUCACGGUUGGCGCGAGCACCUUGGACCGGACCUUCCGAACCACCGUAAAGCUCGGCGACGGACAAGAGUUCGACGGCGAGUCGAUGUACCAGCCAUCGAACUACAAGUCCAAAUUGCUACCUCUGGUUUACCCUGGUCUGAUCACCGGCAAUAGUGACACCGCUCUCUGCAUGAAUGGCACACUGGAUUCCGUCGACGUCCGCGGAAAGAUAGUGCUGUGCGACCGCGGCACCAAUGCGAGAGUCGAGAAGGGACAAGUCGUCAAGAAAGCCGGCGGCGCCGGCAUGAUCCUUGUGAACGAUGCGCUGAACUCGUAUAGCACCAACGCCGACCUCCAUGUGCUCCCGGCAUCGCAUCUUCCCUACUCUGCGGCGGCUAAGAUCAAGGUGUACAUCAACUCCACCUCCGCCCCGACCGCCGCCAUCAUCUUCAAAGGCACCGCUACGCGUGUACCCAACUCGCCCGCCCUGGCCUCGUUCUCCUCCCGCGGGCCCAGCCAGAUCACGCCGGGGAUUCUGAAGCCAGACAUCCUCGGGCCGGGCGUCAACGUCCUCGCCGCGUGGAACACCCAGAAGUUCAACAUGAUCUCCGGCACCUCCAUGUCCUGCCCGCACCUCUCCGGCAUCUCCGCGCUGAUCAAGAAAGCACACCCCGACUGGUCGCCGGCCGCGAUCAAGUCGGCCAUCAUGACGACCGCUCGCCCGAAGGACAACAGACAGCAACCGAUCUUCGACGAGAGGCACGUCCCGGCCGACCUGUUCGCGGUAGGCGCUGGCCACGUCGAUCCGCAGAGGGCCAUCGACCCAGGUCUCGUCUACGACCUCGCACCCGGCGACUACAUUCCUUAUCUCUGUGGCAUGGGCAUCAAGGACGAGUCCGUUAGCGCUAUAGCCCGCAAGAAGGUGAAUUGCUCGUCUGUGAAGAGCAUCACAGAGGGAGAGCUGAACUAUCCUUCCAUCACCGUCACUUUGCCGGCGAACAGCUCCAAGUGGAUCAGCUACACGCGGACCGUGACCAACGUCGGGAAUCCGAUGACGGAGUAUUCGGUACGGGUGGACGUGGCGAAGGGAGUGACCGCGAGGGUGCAGCCACCGAAGCUCUACUUCAAGGAGGUGAACCAGAAGCAGAGCUUCAGCAUAAGCUUCAGGAGGAACGGAGGUGCGUCGGGCGCAGUCGAGGGGCGACUGAGGUGGGUGUCGAGGGAGCAUGUGGUUAGGAGCCCAAUCUCCAUCGCCUUGGAGUAA